UAGUGGCUUACUGGUCGAAGUAUUUGUGUACUGACACAUAAGACUAAUGUGCACUUUGGGAGUUUGGGUGGCUUUGGUUGGGUUGGUUGUUCAGUGAUGUGAAGGGGGAAUGUUGAGACACUCCACCAACAGCUAGCUAGCUGGGCAUAUUUCUUUUUUUAUAUACAGAUAUAAGAUUGUGGCAUUGAAUUGUGGGUCCUCAGUUUGAUCCAAAUGUCACACCUACUUUCCCACUAUCAAGCAUUCUGUUCUUGGCAUCUAUAAGUGGCAGCACCUCUGCACUGUUAUGCUAUCAAAUUAUUUCCUCUGGAGCUGCUUGUCUCUUGCAUCCUGCAAAACAAGUCAACAAGGAGCUGAGCUGUGCUGAUUCCACAAUCCACAUGCUGCAUGCCAACAUAUAUUGUCACUGCCAACCACCCAGGCAGCACCUUCCUUUCUGACACUAAGUAGUAUUCAGUUCAGGUCGCAAGACAACAAUUAAGACUAGACCACUACCUAGGCUGCUCCUUGGAUUCACACAGACGAUGAAGCAGCCGGUGCUGGGCAAUGGCCAUGGUGGCAGGAUCUCCUCGCCUUCGGUGGCGGCACGAACCAGGGUUCCGAGAGCGGCAGCAGCACCCAUCAAAGAAGCUUCUUCGUCUCCAGCUCCAGCACCAGCCACUCCUCCUCGAGCGAGGAGGCUUGUGAGGGUGAGCAGCAAGGAGGAGAGGGUGGUCACUCCUGCAACUGCAAAGCCAAAGAGGCACAAGGAGGAUUCCGAGGAGGAGACGCGCAAGCUGCGUGGGGAGGUGGAGGCCCUAAGGAAGGAGGUGGAGAGGCUGCAGCUGCUCAACACUGAGCUGGAGUGCGACAAGAGCGACCUCACGCACCAGCUUGCUCUUGCUCGCUGCACCAUCACCCGGCUUCAGGAGCAGCAUGACAUCCAUAAGGCACAGACUGUUGCGGCGCAACGAAGCAACCAAAAGGAUGAUGCAAUGAGCAGACCACAGCCUCCGAAGCCCCCCUCACCGCCACCUCCACCACCACCUAGUAGUAAAAUCCUGGGAAGAGCCCCAGCACCGCCGCCUCCACCGCCGCAACAUGGCAAGAUAAGCACAGUGAACAAGGCAACCGCAUUGGUCGAGAUGUACAACUCCCUGAACAAGCGCGAUACCAAGAAAGCUGUGGCUGUCAGUGCCGCCCAUCAUAACAGCAUUGUUGGCGAGCUGCAGAACCGUUCCACGCACUUGUUGGCGAUCAAAACGGAUGUUGAAACAAAAGGAGAGUUGAUCAAUGGUCUCAUAAACAAAGUUCACACUAACACUUACACCGAUGUGGAGCAAGUGUUGACCUUUGUUGAUUGGCUUGAUCAACAACUUUCAACUCUGUCGGAUGAGACAGGCGUGUUGAAGCACUUCAGCUGGCCGGAGAAGAAAGCCGAUGCACUCCGGGAAGCCGCAUUUGAAUACCGGGAUCUCAAGUGCGUUGUAACAGAGGUCUCUUCCUUGAGUGUCGAUGAUGGCAGCCCUACCUCCUGUGAGGCUACUCUGAGGAAGAUAUCGAGCUUACUAGAUAAGCUGGAGAAGAGCAUGAAGAGAUUGUUGAGUCUUAGGAGCUCGGCGAUGCCGUGCUAUAAACAGUUUGGAAUUCCGACUGAGUGGAUGCUCGAUUCAGGGAUUGCUUCGAAGAUAAAGGUGGCGUCAGUAGUACUUGCAAAGGUGCACAUGAAGAGAGUCCUCAAGGAAAUAGUGGCAGAUACAGGAGGAGGGAACACGGCUGCUCUCGUUGCUCAGAGCGUGCGCUUCACAUAUAGGGUUCACCAGUUUGCGGGAGGACUCGACAGUGAAGCCAUGCGCGCUUUUGAGGAGCUAACGCAACGGUCUCAGUUGACUACUGCUUAGCUAGAUGAAAUAUGAUGAAUGAGAUGAAAUGAUAGUAAUUUCUCAGAGUACAAGCUAGAUACCGUGAUUUUUGUAUAUAGUCUUGGUUUAUUUGAGCUGAUCAAUAAGUGUAAUUUGUAUUACACUGGCUCAUGCCAAUCUCGGGAACAAGUGAUGGAGAGACAUACUGUAGAUCAUUUCAGUUCCGUUU